AUGGUCAUGGUUAAUCCUCGACCAAUAAAAACGCCUCGUGCUAACCCUUUUCCAUUGUGUUUUAAAUUCCACGACCAGCCACCCCGCGAAGGAGCGAAUGACAGUGACUACGUGGCCUACAAGCAAGCUGUGUGUGACAGCAGUGAGUGGCAGGUGUCAGUGUCACUGCCGUCGGUUGACGUUACAAUGUCAAAGCGGUCCUUUGACACCGUCAGUCUCAUCAGCGAACGCCUGUCGGUGUGGCAGGCGAAAAUCGCACGAACACGCGAGCACACAGACAUUCAUAAAGGAAAGGAGGCGAGUCUGACAUCGAAUGGUCAG